AUGGCGCAGGAUGUGUCAAAGCAGAGCGCCGGGCUGGUCGCUUCCAGAGCCCUUGAACUGAACGGACUGGCAUCGUCUUCCGAUGGCGCGGACGACACAGCUUCACAGGGCGGUUCGGAGUCAGAUGCCAGUCGGACCGAUGGUAGACACCACAACCGGACUGGUUCUGUGAAGAAACCUACGACAUUCAAGCCUGUUUCAUUUGCUAAAUUUUCCGUGCCAAAAGCCCCCGGGGCUGCGGCACCGCCCAAGGCGCCUGAGAAAGGUUACUCCUUUGUUCGCCCCAGUUGCAUAUUUGGGGGCCCUACCACUGACAGCAUAUUAGUUCUAUCCACAUCCACUACUCCCCUUGGUACACCCCAGCCGAGUUCAAGGCCACGCUUGGUCGCGAAGACCACCUCCGGCAUGCGUGAUUCGUUUUCGAAGGCCGGUGCAGGCGGUGCUAAGCCUGGCGGGUCAGGGCCUGAUCCUAAUCAAGUUUGGAACAAGAAUCGACCCGUCCAGCCGACUCCGACGAAGCAUUUGACCGAUGAAGAGUUGAAGCAACAAUAUGGUAUUCACAUGACUUCUCGAAUCCAAGAAGAUGGAGGCGGAACUGAGGCGAAAUGGGCCGAUAUCGACGAUGAUGAGGACGAUUGGGCCCCGGAGACGAUUGAAUGGAACGACGGAACGAAGGUUACUCUCACGCAUAAUGAUCCUCCGCCGCCGCCAGACCAGAGCCUGCAAGAGGUAGAGGAUGUGACACUUCUCCCAGAACAAACAGUGGCUAGGGACACGAUCAAGAUUGUUGCACCAAAGCCAACCACUUCGGUCGGGCCAAACCCUACCGUCCUUAAACUCGGAGCCAAUGCAGAGCGGCAGGCCAAGGCCGCAAGUAUCUAUUCCAAAGGACCGAACGACAGAGUACAAUCCGGAUCUACAAGCCCGGCUCCUCCACCAGCCAAAUCACCUUGGGCAGCCUUGCCUCCUGUCGAACGAGUGUCUCCCGUUAACCCACCUAUUCACGUUUCUCAACAGCCCCGAAGCACUGGUCCUAUGAACUACGUGCAACGAGAUGAUGGUCAUCACACUUCAUUCCCUCCGACGGAGAUUGCUGCGGAUGAUUUCAAUCGCACGUGGAGAGAAACUGCACCAGGUGCACCCCGAGAACUUUAUAACUCGCGGUCGGGCCGGUACGAGCCAGUACAAGACACCCGAAGGGGAUCAUGGCGACAUGACCAGGGCCCUCGUCCCCCGGCUGUUCUGCAACGCCUAAAUCAUGCCGAACAAGGUGGACCAGCAGAGCCAUCUGCUGCAUUCCAGACCCAUCGAUCUAGUCACCAGGAUGGCAUGAGCUACAACCGUCGCCGUACAUCAUCGAAUGUCAGUGGAGGAAGUGGAGGAUUUGGUCGCCGAAUGUCUUUUGGCCGUACAGAUGUACCGCCGAGGUAUAUGGACACCCGCCGGGGAUCUCAAAGCAACGGUAUCGUUGACCCAGCAUUGAUGGGACGUGAACAAGGACCUGUCCAUGAGCCCUCUCCAACCCAACAGCACGCCGCUCCAGGAUGGGCCGGACAGUCGCCUCCGAGUGUGAGCGAUGCUUCUCCUGUUGAACAACAGUCUGCUCCAGUUGCCGCACCGGAAGAACCGCAAGAGGAUCCCGUUGUGCUACAGGAACGUAUUAUGAAGGAGAAGCGCCUUGAAGCUCGACAGAGACGUUUAGAACAGGAGGAAAGGGACCGCCUUGCAAGGGAAGAGAGAAUUAAGAAGAAACUUGCAGCUUUGGGCCCACCCCCAGACAAGCAACAGCCACAGCGCAAGGAAAGCACCGAGAGCCGUAAGCCUCAGACGCCCGCAGCGCCAGCCCCCGCGACGCUUCACUCUCCUCCAAAGCCUCCGGUUCCUGAACCAACUGGCGAGCCCAAGCAGUAUGGAAUGAUGAAAGUUCACCAUCCUGACACUGUCAAGAAACUUGUGGCGGCGAAUGAGAGGGAUCGUGCUGCUGAGAAACACCCCGAAAAGCCCUCGUCGCCUUCUCAUAUGCGUCGUGUUCCUCCGUCUCCUCGUGAACAGAAACGUGAGCUAGCAACAGCUGCGAGCGGUGUCCAUCAGCAGCCCGAGUCUCGUCCUGCGGACACAAAGGCUGAUGAGCAAGGCGCGCAGUGGCGUGGAAAUCUCAAUGUUCCUAGUACAUAUGCUCCCUGGACAACUAACUCCAACUUGGCUUCAUCUUCUCCUUCAGUGAAGAACCCUUGGAAGCCCCUGAGCAGUGACAGAACUCUCGGCAACGGUAUCUUUGAUCAGAGCCUUGGUGGGUUCCCGUCACGCGAACUUCCUCUUCGAAGCCAAUUGAGUCUCGACCAACCGGCGGUGCCGCCGCAGGCCUUUUCGGGCCCGCAGGAGUCGGCUUCUAUCUCCCCGCUGCCGUCACCUGAGACCAGGCACACAGCCUUUGAUCCCUUGAGCCCCAUCAGCCGCCCCGGUCCAAUUGCGCCGCCUUCUUUACAACAGAGCCAGUGGCAGCAAGAUUCUCGUCAAGCCGGUGGAUUAACAUGGAACAACUUCCACAUUGUUGCUCCUCAGCGCGAGCAUGCACAGCAAGCGCAGGCGCGCCAGGAGUUCAAUGCGAACAUGGAGCAACCGAACCCAGUAGUUUCCUCUCUUCAAGAAAGCUGGAAGCCUAUUCGAGGGGGCGCGGAUGAAGCUGGUCAGAGAACCGCUAUUGGAAUGCCCCCUGGAGUUGUGAACAAGAAAAACAACGGAUCUCCUUCCAACCCACUGACUGGUCUGGAUGUACCCGCGGACGGUCUUCCGUUCACUGAUAGCCAUUCCAGACCCCUCGUCAGCGUUCCCGCGCGCAGCUCGCGGUUCUUCCCGCAUGCUGCUGAGCAACCAAAGCGUCCAACAGUGGAGAAGUAUGACUAUCAGCGAAGCCCAUCGCCACCUCCACCAGAGGAGAUUUCAAGCCACCCUGUGUAUUUUGGCGGGUCUGGCCGGCCGUUGGUCCAUCUUCCCAACCCCAAGCCUGUGGUUAAGCUUCCUCCUAAAGCUCUGGCUGUCCCAGCAGCUCCGCCUUCGUUUGCGUCCAUGGCGGCCGCUCCUCCACGGGGUCCUCCAGCACCUGCUUCAACUGCAAUCUCUUGGCAGGAGAAGAUCAAUUGCCUCUUCGGCAAAAAGACCCCUGUUGAGAAGAAGUCUGCUUUGGCUAUUACGUCUGCAACUAAGGAGCCUCUGGAUGUUCCACUACCCGUUGCAGCCGUGUCUGUCUCACUGCCCAACAUUGAGAAUGACGUGCAGAUUGGCGAUGGUCACCUUGCGGUCCGGCAGGUAGAAGAACAAGAUGAGAUUUUUGAGGAUCGUGAGCCGGGCUCUCUGCCCAGCGUGCGCGUCCCGAACAUGGCUCCCGCAAACGCAUGGCAGGCUGCUCCGGCACCUCCGCCAUCUCGUCUGCGUGCCAAGAUCCUCAAGCCGAUGCAAGUCCACAGCAUCGAGCCGUAUUUGGUCGGGUUCGGGGAGAAGGAUCAGUCCGGUAAUAUUCGCAUCUUGAUCCGGCUGCCCGGUGCAGUGGCAGCCAGGACCCUCAGUCUUCCGAAGAAGGCUAAUGGUCCUAACUCGCGGCACCGCAGCUCCCCCACCUUCAAACCCCGCAAAGGAACCAAGCCCCGCGAGGUUUCUGGGGGUAGCCUGGGACCUAAGAAGCCCUCUUCUUCCUCCCAGCAGCAGAGCGGUACCCCGUCUUCCUCUCCACGCCACCAGUCGCGGAACGCAUCCUGGGGCCCACGCACACUCAGUAGCUCGCGCUCUUAG